CGUUGCCAUGGUUAAGUUCCUAUUCCCAGCUUGUGCGGCAGCUGUGACAAAAUUAGAAAUUGAAUUAAGGCUAAGAAAAAAACUGAUUUAAAAUUGACAUAAAGGGGAAACGACAACACGAGUGAAUGAUGCCAAAGACAGAGGAGGGUGGACAAGCUGAAAAGUCGGCGAGCCAAACCGACCUCCACAGUCCUGACCGGGAUGAGCCCGAGGAAGACAGCAACUAUGAACUCCCCCCUGCGGUUAACUUAAUUGUACAGAGGCAUGAAGGGGAAACCUGUGAAGGACAGUUUCAAGGACAAGGUGUUGUUUAUUUUGAAGGAGGCCACAUAUACAAGGGCGUGUUUUCCAAAGGACUUAUGCACGGACCUGGGGUCUUCACACAGGCAGGAGGACUGAAAUAUGAGGGAGCGUUUGUGUGCAAUAUUCCAAUGGGCUGGGCCAUCUACACCUGGCCAGAUGGCAGCACCUAUAAGGGGGAAGUCUACAAUGGUAUACGACAUGGGAUGGGAACCUACAAAUGUGCCCAAAACAGUGUGUAUUACAGUGGGGAGUGGCAUCAGGGCAAGAGGCAUGGAAAGGGUAUGACAUAUUACAACAAGGAUAAAACCUCUUGGUACAAAGGAGAUUGGGUGAAGAACAACAGAGAGGGAUGGGGAGUGAGAUGCUACCCCUCUGGUAAUAUUUACUCUGGUGAGUGGAAGAACAACCAGAGACAUGGAGACGGCACGAUGAGCUGGCUGAAACUGGGACAGAAGUAUGUUGGGGCAUGGCAGGAUGGAGUGCAGCAUGGCCAAGGCACACAUGUCUGGAAUUUAAGGCGAGGAGAUGGAUCCCAGUAUUCCCAGAGCAAUCGGUACACAGGGGAUUUUGUUCAGGGUCAGAGGCACGGACAAGGAACAUUUUACUACGCUGGUGGUGCAAUCUAUGAAGGAGGAUGGAAGAACAAUAAAAAACAUGGGCAGGGCAAACUCACUUUCAACGACAGGCGUGUAUUUGAGGGAGAGUUUGUGGAUGAUCAGAUGAUCGCAUGCAACUUGAGCGGAAGUGGAGUUCCCAAUCCUUUUGGUGUAUUCUUUCUGUCAGAUAGUGCCUCAUCUUUACUAGGACCAGACAAGGCUCUGAACAUCGACUAUGUUUUGGACAAAAUCCCGGCGAGAAAGCGUGACACUGAGCGCAAACAGGUGGAGUUUGUGGUGCUGAGGCAAGAGAGAGAGCUGAGGUCCAUCUGUAGUUUCUACAGCAGACUUGGUUGUGCCCACUGCCCAGAUAACACCCACCUGCUGUCCCGUCUGCAGCUGUGGCGCCUGCUCAAAGACUGUAAUGUUCAUCAUCACGGCAUAACCCUGACACAGAUAGACCGUAUUAUCAGAGAGGAUGCCGAUUCAGCAGAGAUACACUCUCCUUUCACCCCUGUGCCGCUUCACAAGCUCGUCAGGUUUCUCGUGAUCGUGGCCUACCACAUCUACAGUACAGACAUGGUGUCACAAAAGAACCCUUUGGCUGAGUGCUUUUCCAAACUAUUGACAGAUGACAUCCUUCCAAAUGCUAAGAAUGUAAAAGGCUUCCUGUUUAGGCAGCCGGGCAGUGGAGUGGUAGCUCUGAACUAUUUGAAGAGGUGCUGGGAAGUCUUUCAGGCUUUCUGCACAGCCACCAGAGACGAACAAACCAUGACCUGCCGUCACCUGCUGUGGAUGUUCAAGGAUCUCCGUCUCUUGGACAAUAAGCUGACCACAAGGAGGUUAUUGGAGAUCAUCAAUGCAGAGAGCCACGACCCCAGCAACCUGUCUGCCAGUCUUGAACUGGAGAUUACAUUCCUGGAGUUUUUUGAGGUGCUUCUGGGCUGUGCAGAAGUCACAUGGGAGCAGGUUUCUGAAACCCUGAAAGAGGACCAUCCAGUAUCCAGGUCUGACACUGAAGCCAGCAGGGGUCAGCCUCAGGUGGAGGCCAGCGAGGAAAUGAUGCAGACAACAAACUGCCCUUCCCAGUCGACAGGGCUUCCCAGUGCUCAGGAUGUUGGAAGUCAGCCAGAUGUGAAAACUGAAGUUAACAUGACACCUCAGUCUGCAGAGCACACAGAAGAUGAAGCUGAAAGUGUGUGCACACCAGCAGAAAACCAGACCAAAGACUGUAAAUUGGAGCUUAUGACGCAGAUGGUCGAUCAAUUCUUCAACCACAUUUUCUUCCCAGCAUUUGACCAUUACCAGCUAAUGACAAGAACCAUAAAGGAAGAAAAACAUCACCAGGAGCUUCAGAGACAAAUUACUCUAGAUAGGGUGCAACAAGAAGUCAAGUAAUACAGUUAAAGCAACAUGCAACUAAAAUGUGGUUAGUUUUGUUGGGGGGAGUUUAAAUUAUUAUGAAGUAAUGAUAUAAUGGCCUAGCAUUGUGCACUAUUAACAGUGAGAUCUAGCAAGGUAAAGGGCUGGUUUCAUCCCAAAGUAAAAUCUUUUGCAUCACUGUGCUUAUGUGGUUGAUAUGUCUUGAAAUACACUAGAGCAGAAUUUAGGCUUUUGUAGUAAACCUAAUAAAAGUCUAUAUUGACAUUUCAAGGCAAGCUUGGCAUAGACUGCACCACAAGAUGUCAGCUGUUGCUUUCCCUUCAUUUUUGCUCCUCUGAUCUCCACCUGAAUCUCAACUAUUGCUCCUUUACUCACAAUUUGUGCCUUAAACUGUUGUGCUGCAGGUAAAUGUGGCAUUAGGAAUUAGAUAGUGGACACAAGACCAUGAAAAUACAGCAAAAAAAUAAAAAAUUGACGAACACAGGAAGAAGCCAACUGUUCUGCUCAUGUGCCACAUGUUUCCUCUUCAAAUUAAAGCAGUUCGUAAUAACAGUGUUC